UUUACAUGUGCAAAAAAUGUGCUUGUGUGGCAUGCGUGUUUCCAAUCUUUAACACUGAAAACUGAUGAAAAUGUGUCUUGUGGCGCGAUGUAGCCUACCGCAACGUACGUAGACCGUCCUGUAUCGUCUGUUUUGAUUGCCACUGAUUAUCAGUUCAGUGCUGCUCUAACUCCAUUUUCCUCAGAUACACACGAGGCUGGAGCAUAUUCUGUGAGGAGUGUGUAAUUUUUCUUUCCGGAGUGCGCUAUAUUAUCAGUUUUUAAACUAUUGUAAAAUACAAAUUAUGAGUAGGCUAUCUGGAUUGUGUUGAUUGACCAUAGGUUGUAUACGCCAGGCUAUCUGCGUCAAUUGAAAAAUAGCUAUGACAGCUCUUUAACCUCGGCUCAGCUCCAUGCAUAAACCGAAACUAAGGCUUUAAUCUUGAAAAGAGAAAUUUUUUUUUUUGAGUUUUCGAGUCACAGCACACAAAAAAAAUAAGAUGCCUUUCAUUUGCGGGACGAAGUGAGCUCCUUCAAACAGCAUUUGCGUUUCGAGUGCAAACAUUUCUUAAUCGCAGUAGUGAAGGAGGGGGGCUUCUUGGAGGUCAGAUGCUUCUCCGAUACUCAAUCUCACAUCGUUAUAAGAUACGGUCCCUUUUUAUUUCCUUUUAGACUCGUCUUACAUCCUAUGGGAUGAUAGGGUACUGUCGGAUAAUGCAGGAGUGCAGUGGCUAACAUGGUACUUCGGCAGAUGGUCUUACCCAGAGUGCAUUGUUUUCUUUUAGCUUCUCAUUUGUCUGUUGUAAUUGGAUAGGGUAGUCCCACGGCCGCUGGCUGCAUCUCUCUCUCUCUCUCUCCCCCUCUCUCUCUCUCUCCCUCUCUGGUUUAUUGUUACACGGUGACAUCAGGAUUAUUUGCUACAGUUAAAGCUUCUUACUGACAAUGUGGACGUCAGCUGGGGAUAUAUAAUAUAUAUUUUCAAGCUCUUCAACCUUUUCAACCGCAUAUGAAAACAGAGCUGUGAAAUUCCGGUAAAGAGCCUCAUUGCGCAGUUGCACCUGCUGACGAGCCUCUUUCAUGCGUCUCCCUGCGCCAGACUCCCACAUCAGAAUGAACUGUGAGCAGGACUUUGGAGAAGGGGGCAUGAACGUGACGCUCACCCUCAGGCUGCUCAUGCACGGAAAGGAGGUCGGCAGCAUCAUCGGGAAGAAAGGAGAAACAGUGAAGAGAAUACGAGAAGAGAGCAGCGCACGCAUCAACAUCUCAGAAGGGUCCUGCCCUGAGAGAAUAAUUACCAUCACUGGGCCCACAGACUGCGUCUUCCGAGCUUUCACCAUGAUCACGUUAAAACUGGAAGAGGAUCUCACAACCCUGGUAGCCAAUGGGACAGUCACCAGUAAGCCACCAGUCACCCUGCGGCUGGUCAUUCCUGCCAGCCAGUGCGGAUCCCUCAUUGGCAAAGGGGGCUCCAAAAUCAAGGAGAUCCGUGAGACUACAGGGGCACAGGUUCAGGUGGCUGGUGACUUGUUGCCCAACUCUACUGAGCGAGGAGUGACGAUAUCUGGGACCCAAGACGCCAUAAUCCAGUGUGUCAAGCUUAUCUGCACAGUGAUCCUUGAGUCCCCGCCGAAGGGGGCCACUAUUCCAUAUCGCCCCAGCCCGUCCCCCGGGGCCGUCCUGAUCUCCGGGAACCAGGUUUUGGAAGCCUCUGAGUUUGGGUCACACCCUCUUUUCUCAUUGGCUCAGGGAGGUGUGGAGCUGCAACAAGCAUACACUGUACAGAACCAAUAUGGCAUUCCACACUCAGAGUUGGCCAAGCUUCACCAGUUGUCCAUGCAGCAGGGCCUGACUCCCAUGGGCCAGCAAGCCCCCAUCCUGCCUGGAAUAGAGACCAACACCCAGACCACGUCCCAGGAGCUCCUCAUUCCAAACGACCUAAUUGGUUCGAUCAUCGGCAGGCAGGGCACCAAGAUUAACGAAAUCCGCCAGGUCUCGGGAGCACAGAUCAAGAUCGGCAGUCAGCUGGACAGCACCAGCGACCGGCACGUCACCAUCACCGGCUCUCCUAUCAGCAUCAACCUCGCCCAGUACCUCAUCACUUCCUGUUUAGAGACCGCCAAAUCCACUGCCCAGUCCUCCUCCAUGUCGACCCCUGUUGACCUCAACAUGAGCUUCACCCAGCCCGCCUCCCCCGCCUCGUCCUCCGCCGCAGCCCUGGCAGCGAUGGGGGGACUGCCCCACGCUCCCAUGCUGGGCACCCCCUAUGCCCUCCCCCUCUCCAGCCUCCUGGGAAUGAAAUCCGUCCCCUUCCUGGCACUCUCCACCCCCACCGCCCCAUCAGCAGCCGCGGUCGCCGCCGCUGCCGCCGCCGCCCCCACCCACGGAACCCUGGCCUCCUACACCGCCAAAAUCUCCUCCGCCAACGGGAUCAAGAAGCCCGAGAGACAGAAGUUUGCUCCCUACUGAUGCCGUCCCCCGACCCCCUCCACCACCCACCCGCGUCCACGCUCCGUGCCCACGUCCACCACCCAAAAAAAAAUAACAACCUCCCUGCUCCCUCCAUCUGUCCACCCCCACCGCCCGCCCACCCCCAAACCCGAGACAAGACCAGGGAGGGGCAUCUUUCUCUUGCUCUCUCCUCUUGCCUGACGAUGUAGCCGUUAUAGUAAAGAGACUGUACACAUCUUUCGUUUUGUUUUUUGUUGUUGUUUCUGUAGCUUUGUCAUUUUAGCCACAAAGAAAACCAGGACGUUGGCUUAUAUAGUUAUAUUUAUGUUAUUUGCCAAGAUAGCCUCUUUUAAGCCAUAGACUGUUCCUUCAGACUCUUUCUCCCUAUAUACCCACCUUUCCGUCUACUGUCCAUGAUUAUUUAUUGACAAUAUUAUCAAAAAUAAUCCCUCAAAGAGUUUAUAAAUGAAGCACUGCUGACUGAACCUCCACUCUAUGUAUCAGCUUUUAUACUGUCUGUGUAUUCUCCUGUACACCACUUCCAGAAGGCUUUUUUAAAUAUAUGAAAGAUAUAAAGAAAAAAUUCAAAUGUUUUUAAACAAACAGCAGAUUUUAAUCUGUUUUUAUGUGUUUUUGUCCAUUUUACUUUAAAUGUGUUUAAUUUAUUUUAUUUAUUAUCACUUAUUUCUUUUAUUGGUUAAUUGUUUGUUUUCUGAAAUGGCGGCAGGUAUUUCACAUAAUUUUGUUUAGUCCUGCGCUGAAUUGUCUCAAAAAUGAAAGGCUUUUGCCUCGCAUUGACCACAUACGUGAUUCAUUCUAGCAGAGCAAAGGUUCAAAAUACAUUUUUUGUUUAAUUUUUUUAAUAGGAAAAGUGUGUUGCCACUUCUGAAAUGUGAUUGCUAUUAAAUGCGCUGAAACAACACGCUAAAGCCAGGUCCUUUUUUUAUUUCAAAAUAAAAUACCUGGGGGCCAGGACUACAUGUAAUAAUGUGAAAACGAAACUAGCUGAGUUAGUGAGGAGCAGUUUCCAUGCCGAUGUCCUUCCCCUGCCAUAGCAGCGCAUGGAAACUGUCCGUCUAGUAGCAGACACUUAUGCUGCAUGUUGUCUAUACACACAAACUCAACAUACAUGCAGUGGGAUCACUGUACUGACAGGCUAAACAAUAACACGCUUCGCUACUGAAGAGGGACACUAAAGUGAAAGUGUCGAGUGAAGACCACACCAUAAAAACCACAGAGAUGAAGUUCAGGCAAAAAUACAAUAUAUAAGUACAUAUAUAGUUGUAGAUGUAGGUUAUAAUAUAUAGUAUCAUCACCAGGAGAUUCUAUGGUAGAUUUCUUUUGUUCAGGUUUUUAUAUGAGCUCAAUUAUUUUUAUAAAACCAGAUCUUUUAAAGUGACUGAUGCCACAAAUGUGAACACAGAUUCAUCAGGACACACGUUCAUCCAGGGUACAAAGGCCUUGAGCGGCUGUUCUCAUUUUCUGCAGACUUUGGUUUAUUUGCAUGUAUACGACCAGACUGAAUGCCUAUGCAAAGCAUCUGUCUAUUGCCCGCCCAAGUAUUUUGUGUUCUGCACCAUCGGUAGGCGGGGAUGUCAACCGGUGAGGAAGGGCUAUUCGGAAUAGUGUUAAAUUUGUAUUUCUGGCAUAGACAGUGCUGCUCCCUGUUUUUGUGAACCAAAAGAUAAAUAAAAGUAAUCCUCACUUUCAAAAUCAUUCACUUUUGACACCAGUGUACACAUAAAAAUGAAACAGCACUAUGUUUUUAACCACACUUAUGGCUUUGCACUUGAAAUUGGGAUUUUAAGUAAAGGCUAAAAAUAAAAAGGAAUUUUAAGAAAGAAGUAUAAUUAAUUAUUUCCCCAGAAUCAUAGUUUUUUUGUGCACAGAGGUUCAUGUCAUUUGUGUCAUUAACUUCAAUUCUUUGUGAUUCCUUUUAUUUAUUUUCAUUCAUUAAUACCAUUCAAACAAAUAAAAAUGAUGCUGUAUUAACCUGA